AUGCCUUCUCAUUUCGAUACCCUUCAGUUGCACGCUGGUCAGCCAGUUGAAAAGCCACACCAGGCUAGAGCACCCCCAAUCUACGCUACUACGUCGUAUGUCUUUAACGACUCGAAACAUGGCGCCCAAUUGUUUGGCUUGGAGACCCCAGGCUACAUUUACUCCAGAAUCAUGAACCCCACAAACGACGUUUUUGAGCAGAGAAUUGCUGCUUUGGAGGGCGGUAUUGCUGCGUUGGCCACCUCGUCGGGCCAAUCAGCCCAGUUUUUGGCCAUUGCUGGUUUAGCCCACGCCGGCGAUAACAUUAUUAGUACUUCGUACUUGUACGGUGGUACCUAUAACCAGUUCAAAGUUGCCUUCAAGAGAUUGGGAAUUGAGGCCAGAAUAGUCAAUGGUGACGACCCCGAGGACUUUGCCAGGUUGAUUGAUGACAAGACCAAGGCCAUCUACUUGGAGUCGAUUGGUAACCCAAAGUAUAACGUGCCCGAUUUCGAGAGAAUUGUCAAGAUUGCCCACGAUAACGGGAUCCCCGUUGUUGUCGACAACACUUUUGGUGCCGGUGGUUUCCUUGUCAACCCAAUUGCUCACGGUGCCGAUAUCGUCACCCACUCAGCCACCAAGUGGAUCGGCGGUCACGGUACCACUAUUGCCGGUGUCGUUGUGGACUCUGGUAAAUUUGACUGGACAAAAUACCCCGAAAAAUACCCCCAGUUCUCCAAGCCCUCUGAAGGCUACCAUGGCUUGAUCUUGAGCGAGGCUUUGAAAGAAGCCGCUUUCAUUGGCCACUUGAGAAUCGAAUUGUUGCGUGACUUGGGUCCAUCCUUGAACCCAUUCGGCGCCUUUUUGUUGUUGCAAGGGUUGGAGACUUUGAGUUUGAGAGUGGAGAGACAAAGUGACAAUGCGUUGAAAUUGGCCCAAUGGUUGGAAAAACACCCUCAAGUGGAAUCGGUGUCGUAUUUGGGAUUGCCAUCGCAUGAAUCGCACGAAUUGGCCAAGAAGUACUUUAACAAUGACGCCAAAUACUUUGGUGGUGCCAUUGCAUUUUCCGUCAAGGACAUUGAAAACACAUCGGGCGAUCCGUUCGACGAAGCAUCCCCCAAAUUGGUGGACCAAUUGGAGAUUGCUUCCAACUUGGCCAAUGUCGGUGACUCCAAGACGUUGGUCAUUGCUCCAUAUUUCACUACACAUCAACAAUUGUCCGAAGACGAAAAGAAGGCAGCAGGUGUCUCCAAAGGGUUGAUUAGAGUCUCAAUUGGUACUGAAUUCAUCGAUGACAUUAUCAACGACUUCGACCAAGCUUUCAAGAAAGUCUACGGUUAA